AUGAAGUCUAUAUUGCGUUUACGGUGCGUAUGCAAGUUGUUUCUUUCCAUGAUCGAUGAUCCCCACUUCACCAAACUUCACCAUUCACGGUCCCUCGCUUGUCCUGAGAGCAGCACGCGCAUCCUCAUUCAUACCCUCAACGACGACCUGGAGAAUGUGGAUUUCUUCUCCGUGGAAAUUGGAGGAGACCAACAAUCGGUUCACUGCGCUACGUUUCCUAUAGACUAUCUGUAUUCAGUUCCCCACCGAGAGAGGGACAACGUUCGUUCUGAUAUUCAUUAUGCAGAAUUUAAUUUAAGGUUCCGUCCCGGAUACGAUAUGAAUAGGGUUCCCAUCUUUCCCCAGGUUGUUAAAGGCCUGGUUCUCCUUGAGGAUCGAAUCUGGAAUCCGCUAACCGGUCAUGUAACCAGUCUUCCGCCUGCAGAUGAGGAUCUUCCCAAAAGGCACGAAACUUAUAGUUUCUUGGGUUUCGAUCCACAUGGAAACCAGUACAAAGUGCUUUACAUAAAUCAUUAUUAUUACCAAGAAAAACAAGGAUAUUCAUCUGUUUGCAAAAUACUGACAAUUGGAAUAGACGGCAUAAUUGGCUCAUGGAGAUUCAUCAAAACCUAUCCUAAGGAGAUACCAAUACUCCAAUCCCCUGUACUAAGGGGUUGUGGACACGAUAUGUUGUACCUGAGCAAUCGAGACCACUACCCCAGCUGCAUCCUGGCCUUGGACCUUCAUACGGAGGUGUUUCAUACUCCCUCUUUACCUGUGGACAACAUCAGCCAGGGAUGGUCUAUAUACAAUGCGUUUCCAGGGAGAUCGCUGUUCAAGAAUAAUAAUAAGUUUUGGCUAUCCGACGGCAAAGGCGGAUGGGACCAGGGAUUAUUAGACAUUUCGAUACCCUAUAUGGUUUUGGGAACUUUGGGCAAAGGCGAGAUACUUCGUUGGCAAAGGCGAGAUGAUGAUACAAUAUUGGCAGGGUUUAACCUGGAGACUGGAUUCUUAAGAGAGAUUAAUAUUCCUAAUUUUCAAGAUUUAUUUUCUACUGGUGUAUUUAAUACCCAUGUAGAAUGCUUGAUUCGAUAUUGA